UUCAAAUCUAUUUAAAUGUCUAUACCAGGAAUUUCUCUCUAUUUCUGUCUAUGGUCUAGAUGAUGUAGAGAAUUGGAAUGAGGAGGAAGUAAAUUACACAGUCAGAACUUUCCCCAACGCAACAGACAUGUAAAUGACUGAAUAUGUUGCAUCAUGAACAUCAAGUUUACGGAGUUAACCCUAGUUCUGUCAGGAACUCCCUCCCCCUUCCCCCGAAUCACCAGAUCACAUCACAAAGGAAAUAGGUGAGGAUAGAGUUUCUCAGGGUAUAAAUGAUGAAGGGUUGAGGCCAGACAGUACACAUGCUCUCCUGUCUGCUGCUGAACAGGACAUCUACAGGACAAGGAGAACCAGUAGACUCCAGCACCAGACGGUGUCAAGACCAGAGGAUCAGUAUCUCCAGCACCAGUAGACUCCAGGACCAGAGGAUCAGUAUCUCCAGCACCAGUAGACUCCAGGACCAGAGGAUCAGUAUCUCCAGCACCAGUAGACUCCAGGACCAGAGGAUCAGUAUCUCCAGCACCAGUAGACUCCAGGACCAGAGGAUCAGUAUCUCCAGCACCAGUAGACUCCAGGACCAGAGGAUCAGUAUCUCCAGCACCAGUAGACUCCAGGACCAGAGGAUCAGUAUCUCCAGCACCAGUAGACUCCAGGACCAGAGGAUCAGUAUCUCCAGCACCAGUAGACUCCAGGAUGUCUCCCUGCUCUCUCCUCCUAUCCCUGCUGCUGGCUGCAGCGCUGCAGUGUGAGCAUGCCCAGUGCAGACGUGCACCGUGCUCCGACCGUUGCUGCUCCUUUAUAGAGGGCUUCCCCGUCAGACUGAAGGAACUCCGCACCGCCUUCUCCACCAUCAGAGAUUACUACGAGGCUAAUGAUGAGCUGGAGACACCUCUUCUAGACAAGGGGAUUCUAGACCACAUCAAGAGCCCGGUGGGGUGUCACACUAUGGACAGCAUCCUGAAGUUCUACCUCAACACGGUGUUGCCCAACGCCAUGAACAACAACAACGGAACACACAACUUUAAAUCUCCCAUCGACUCCAUCGGAAACAUCUUCCACGAGCUGAAGAAGGAGAUCGUCCAAUGCAGGAACUACUUCUCCUGUAAGAAACCGUUUGACAUCAACAACUUCAUCUCCUCAUAUAAAAAGAUGCAGGAUAAGGGCCUUUAUAAGGCAAUGGGAGAGCUGGACCUGCUCUUCAACUACAUUGAGGAGUACCUGGUCUCUCAGAGACCCAAACACUGACCCCUAACCACUACCUCAGCCAACCAGGACACACUGACCCUGAGCAUGGACCAACCAGAAUUACCCAGAGUGCUGUAGAUAACCUCAAACCUCUAAUAACCUCCAACCCUAAACCUCUAAACUGCAUGUUCAGUCCAGGAAGGAAUCUGUGUCUUUGCGGAAGCGAGACUAAAGGAACCUUUUUUCAAACAUUCAAUAGAAGUCCUCCCGUUAGUGUUUAAUCUUACUCUUUAGUCGUUCUCGAAGACCGACUCUCUAAAGUCCUGAAGACCUAAUAAUUAUAAUAUUUACCAUUUAUUAAGAGAUGAUUUUCUUAUCCUAAUUCGUGUUCAGUACAGUACUGCCUUUAUACAUUUUAGUAUGCACGGGCCCAGUGGGAAGUCAACCCGUGUUCAUGACCUAAUAAGCGCCAUGCUCUACCAACUACGCCACACAGGAACUUCUCACUAAAGUCCUGAACCACAUUCAUCAUCAGCAUCAUGUUUAUUAAUCAGUCAUAUUGACUAAAACAUUCUGCUGUAAAGUAUCAUUUUGUAUCGAUUCUCAUGAUUAACACUUUCUGGAAGUCCUUCUUCAGAUAAUCGAGUACAUUGAACUAAAAUAUAAAUAAAUGCAGCAUGUAACAAUAUUCAAAAGAUUUGACUUGAGUUACAGUUCACAUAAAGGAAAUCAGUCAAUUUAAAUAAAUUCAUUCGGCCCUAAUCUAUGGAUUUUCACAUGACUGGGAAUACAGAUAUGCAUCUGUUGGUCACAGAUACCUUUAAAAAAAAAAAGGUAGGAGCGUGGAUCAGAAAACCACCAUUUGCCUCAAGCACAUCUCCUUCGCAUAGAGUUGAUCAGGCUGUUGAUUUGUGGCCUGUUGAAUGUUUCCCCACUUCCUCUUCAAUGGCUGCGUGAAGUUGCUGGAUAUUGGCUGGAACUGGAACACGCCCGUCGUACACGUCGAAUCAGAGCAUCCCAAACAUCCUGAGUGAAUAUGCAGGCCAUGGAAAGAACUGGGCCAUUUCCAGGAAUUGUGUCCAGAUCCUUGAGACAUGGGGCCGUGCAUUAUCAUGCUGAACCAUGAGGUGAUGGUGGCGGAUUAAUAGCAUGACUAUGGGCGUCAGGAUCUCGUCACGGUAUAAAAUUGCCAUUGAUCAAAAUGACAAAAUUGCACAUCUUUGAGUGGCCUUUUAUUGUCCCCCAGCACAAGGUGCACCUGUGUAAUAAUCAUGCUUUUUUUAAUCAGAUUCUUGAUAUGCCACACCUGUCAGGUGGAUGGAUUAUCUUGGCCAAGGGGUAAGCAACAUUUGAGCGAAAUAAGCUUUCUGUGAGUACGGAACAUUUCUGCGAUCUUUUUAUUUCAGCUCAUGAAACAUGGGACCAACACUUUACAUGUUGCGUUUUAUAUUUUUGUUUAGUGUAGUUUGGAUAUUAGCAUUAUCAUGAUGUGAUGUUAUUCUAACCACGAUGUGGUAAGGAAUCAUAUACUGGCCUGUAAUAAUGAUUAUUACGAAUGACCGUGUUUACAACAUAUUGUGGCAUUUUAAAAAUAUAUCCUAUUUUUAUUACCAAUGUCACUACUGAUUUGAAUUAAAUCUGUCUUUGUAAUAAAGUGGAAUUUUGCACCAUAAUUUAUUAAUUGGAUAAUGUUGAAAGCGUAUUUUGUUUUGUAGAAGAAUCAAUAACUGCCACCUCUUCAUGGUCUAUGUUUUUGACUAAUAAUUAGCUCCCCUGGCAUUUUAAAUAGUUGUGCCUAAAUGUUUGUGAGGUAGAAUGUAUUUAUUUUUUUUAAAACAACUUUGAAGUG